AAGCGUUGAAUUAUAAAAUUCGAAAGUUUUACUCGCUACUCAUUGAACAACUCAAUUUUUCGGAGAUAAUAGUUCAAUUUCAAUUGCCUAUACAUACUUAUACAUUAAUUCCUAUUGUUAAUGCUGGUUUCUUAUGUUUUACAUUUUACUUGCAUUAUACCACGGCACGGUGCGGACAUAUGCUUCGUCAAAAAUGAAACCACCGAAAAACAAAAAGCCUCCGCAGGAACAGCAAGGCAUUUCUGAAAAGAGACCAUGGCCAUCUUACAUUCAGGAGCGGCAAGUAUUAUUUGACAAGCUAAAAGCUGAAUACGACGCUGAAUUAGCUGCAAAAUCGACCUUUGAUAUUAAGGUGACAUUACCUGAUGGAAAGCAGGUUGAUGCUCAGGCUUGGCGAAGCAGUCCUUAUGACAUUGCCAAGGGAAUAAGCCCCGGAUUGGCUGAUAACACUGUAAUAGCAAAGGUGAACGGGGAACUGUGGGAUCUGGAUCGCCCUUUGGAAGCAGACUGCAAGCUACAGCUAAUCAAAUUCGAUGAUCCUGAGGGUCAGGCGGUCUUUUGGCAUUCCUCUGCACACGUCUUGGGCGAAGCCAUGGAGCGGGCGUACGCAGGUUGCCUAUGUUACGGACCGCCCAUUGAGAAUGGAUUUUACUAUGACAUGUAUCUAGGUGAUAAAGGAAUAUCAAAUCAGGAUUUUCCCCAGCUUGAAAGCCUAAUAAAGGGUAUAGUCAAGGAAAAACAGACCUUUGAGAGACUCGAGAUGAAGAAGGAGGACCUGCUGGAAAUGUUUAAAUACAAUGAGUUCAAGGUUCGCAUUCUUAAUGAAAAAGUGAACACUCCAACAACAACUGUGUACCGUUGCGGUUCCCUGAUUGAUCUCUGCAGAGGGCCUCACGUACGGCAUACUGGUAAAGUUAAGGCAAUCAAGGUGACCAAGAACUCUUCUACCUACUGGGAGGGCAAUGCCGAAGCAGAGACGCUGCAGAGGGUCUACGGCAUCAGUUUUCCUGAUACAAAACAGCUCAAGGAGUGGGAAAAGUUUCAGGAGGAAGCAGCCAAGCGGGAUCAUAGAAAGCUCGGUAGAGAACAGGAGCUAUUUUUCUUCCACGAGCUUUCUCCUGGAUCAUGCUUUUUCCAGCCUAGAGGUGCCCAUCUGUAUAACACUCUGAUAGAUUUCAUCCGCACAGAGUACAGAAAGCGUGGUUUCCAGGAAGUCGUUACCCCAAACAUAUACAACAGUAAAUUAUGGCAAACUUCGGGUCACUGGGCCCACUAUGCGGAAAACAUGUUUUCUUUUGAAGUUGAAAAAGAGGUGUAUGCUCUGAAACCAAUGAACUGUCCUGGGCACUGUCUAAUGUUCGACCAGCGCACAAGAUCCUGGAGAGAGCUACCCCUCAGGAUGGCAGACUUUGGAGUCCUGCACAGAAAUGAAUUGUCAGGGGCGCUUACUGGCCUGAUUAGAGUUCGAAGAUUCCAACAGGAUGAUGCCCAUAUAUUUUGCACAAUAGAUCAAAUCAAGCAGGAGGUAUCAGGGGCUCUAGAUUUCCUCAAACAUGUUUACUCUGUAUUUGGAUUCACAUUCAAUCUAUGCCUCUCCACAAGGCCUGAUAAGUACAUGGGAGAGUUAGCUGACUGGGAUCAGGCUGAAAAAGCCCUCGCAGAGAGUCUGGACGCCUUCAAAGAACCAUGGAGAAUCAAUCCAGGGGAUGGAGCCUUCUAUGGGCCAAAAAUUGACAUUACCAUUAUGGACGCGCUCAAACGCUCUCAUCAAUGCGCUACCAUUCAGCUAGAUUUUCAGCUACCUAUCCGCUUCAAUCUGUCAUAUAUCAACGAAACAGGGGAAAAAACCAGGCCAGUUAUUAUCCACAGAGCAAUAUUAGGCUCUGUUGAACGGAUGAUAGCCAUCCUGACUGAAUCCUACGCUGGUAAAUGGCCGUUUUGGCUCUCACCUCGUCAGGUAAUGGUGAUAUCGGUCAGUAGUCAAUUUGAUGAUUAUGCUUUCAAAGUAAAGCAGCAACUAUGGGAUGCUGGUUUUAUGGCAGAGGCUGAUGUUGACCCUGGCGACACAUUGAAUAAGAAAAUUCGAAAUGCUCAAUUGGCUCAGUUUAAUUUCAUUAUUGUUGUUGGAGAAAAAGAGCGCAGUGCUGGUACCGCAAAUGUGAGAACCAGGGACAAUGUGGUACAUGGAGAAAUAUCAGUGGAAGAACUGAUUAAAAAAUUCAACACAUUCAAAGAAACGAAAGAUAGAAACUGCGAGGAAAAUUUUUAAUGCAAACUUGAGAUAUAUUUCAAUACGUGCGUCCGCCGUAAGAAAAAAAAAUAAAGUAAACAGAUAAUGAUUGA